AAAGAAUAAAAAAACGGAUGCGGGAUGGUGGGUAGAAAUUUCUACGAUCUAAAAAAAAAGCCCUAGAUUGUAGAAAUUUAAAACAAUUCCUUUUUUUCAGGAACAUUGAACUUGGAAGCAAAGGAGCUCUGUUAUUAUUAUCAGCUGCCGUUGUGGUUGAGAUUGUAAAGAUGGCUUCCAAAGGACGAUCCCAAGAAACGUGUCUUUCUGAUUCAUAUGAAGCUGCAAUGGAAGCACUGUCUUCCCUCAUUACUAGGCGUAAACGUGGAGAUGGAUCAAAUAGGGUCGAAAAAUUUUCUUUGAUGUUUAAGUAUAUGAAGGUAUUAGAUCUGGAAGAACAUAUAGCUGGGCUUAAAAUUAUCCACAUUGCUGGAACCAAAGGGAAGGGUUCGACAUGCACAUUUUCUGAGGCCAUUUUGCGGGAAUGUGGUUUUCAAACUGGACUGUUUACAUCUCCGCACCUAGUUGAUGUGAGGGAACGAUAUCGUAUUGAUGGGGUUAAUAUUUCUGAGGAUAAAUUUCUACAGCACUUCUGGGAUUGUUGGAAUCAAUUGAAGGAAAAAGUAACAGAUGAUUUGCCAAUGCCUCCACUGUUUCAGUUCCUCACCUUGUUGGCAUUUAAGAUAUUUAUAUCUGAAAAGGUUGAUGUUGCAAUUCUUGAAGUUGGUUUGGGGGGGAGGUUGGACUCAACAAAUGUGGUCAAAGAACCUGUUGUUUGUGGCAUAACUUCGUUAGGGAUGGAUCAUAUGGAGAUAUUGGGAGAUACCCUAGGUAAAAUUGCAUCUGAGAAGGCUGGGAUUUUCAAGCCUCAAGUUCCCGCAUUUACGGUCCCUCAAAGUUUGGAAGCAAUGGAUGUUCUUCGAGAGAGAGCGUCUGAGUUGAAGAUUCCACUAAAAGUAGCGUCACCGCUAGAUCGAGGUAAGUUGGGUGGAUUGGAGCUCGGCAUGGCUGGUGAUCACCAGUUCAUAAAUGCUGGCCUUGCUAUUGCUCUUUGUAGAUGUUGGCUUCAACAGACUGGCCACUCCAAGGUUCUCUUUCGAAAUGAAAACCAGGAAUCAGAUCUGCCAGAGGCAUUUCUUAAAGGUCUUUCCACUGCAAAUCUUCCUGGACGGGCUCAGGUUGUCUAUGACAUCUCGGUGAAAUCUUACGAGUCUGAAGUGAAUGAGACUUCUUCAGGUGAUCUGAUCUUUUACUUGGAUGGAGCUCACAGUCCAGAAAGUAUGGAAGUUUGCGCGAGAUGGUUCUCCAAUGCUGUAAAAGAAGACGUACAUUCUUCCAAGAAUGGCAUGACGGAACAUGACGAUAAGAAUUUUGAUCGGUCUAACAAAAUUUCAAAGCAGAUUCUUUUGUUUAAUUGCAUGGAGGUGAGAGACCCUCUGCUUUUGCUUCCACGGCUUGUCAACACCUGUGCUUCAUCAGGUGUCCACUUCUCAAAAGCCCUUUUCGUCCCGAGCAUAUCGACGUACCAUAAAGUUGAUUCUGCUGCAUCUAUAGCUUUAGAGACCACUAAGGACUUGUCAUGGCAAUCCACCCUCCAAAGAACUUGGGAAAAGAUAAUCCAUGGAAAAGGUGCUAUAUCUGAAGAGAGCUCCAAUUUUGAUAAUCCAGAGACAUUGCCAUCUUCUGGGUUUCUUUAUGGAGAUCCUUAUCACAAGUGUAAUCCCGUGAACAAACAGUUCACCUGCAGUGCAGUUAUCCCUUCCUUGCCAUCAACAAUAAAAUUGUUAAGGGACUGUGUUAAGGAAAACCCUUCUAUCAGACUUCAGGUUCUUGUGACUGGAUCCUUGCAUCUAGUUGGCGAUGUAUUGAAGCUUUUGAGAAGGUGAUGCAUUUACAAUUCAGGUUUUCUUACCCAUCCAAUCUCAUGGGUUUGAAGUUUACUGAGGAUUCCCAAAACAAAAUCAUUUUCAUUGCAUUUACUGAGUUAUUGCCACAUUGUUUUUGGUGCCAAUGUUCCAUUUAUUGUCUGCCUGAAUUAAUAAUGGCAUCUUGUUGUGAGUCAUAGAUAUAUAGGGGUCUGAAUUUGCUUUCCAUUCUAAUAAUCUCGAACUUUGUAUAAUGUUUUACUACUUAUUUCGCGAAUGGUUUAAAACAGUA